UCUGUGGGAGAAGGGAGGGACCAGAGGAGAGAGCCAGAGAGGGCUCCCGACCUAGUUCGCCAGCUAAGCAGAAGAAAGAUCAAAAAACGGAAAAGAGGAGAAGAGCAAACAGGCACUUUCAAGAACAAUCCUCUCAACUCCAAGCCGACGGCGCCCUAAGAAUUCAAAAACCAGUGCCUACAGAAGACAAAGGCGCCCUGAGGGAGUGGCGGCGCGACCCCAGGGCGUGGGCCCCGCCGCGGAGCCCGCACAGCCCGGUUGCCCCGACGGUCGCGAACCAUGUCUCCCGCCCCACGAGCCUCCCGCAGUCUCCUGCUCCCCCUGCUCACGCUCGGCACCGCGCUCGCCUCCCUCAGCUCGGCCCAAAGCAGCAGCUUCAGCCCUGAAGCCUGGCUACAGCAGUAUGGCUACUUGCCUCCAGGGGACCUACGCACCCACACACAGCGCUCACCCCAGUCACUCUCAGCUGCCAUUGCUGCCAUGCAGAGGUUCUACGGUUUACGAGUGACAGGCAAGGCUGAUGCAGACACCAUGAAGGCCAUGAGGCGCCCCCGAUGUGGUGUUCCAGACAAGUUUGGGGCUGAGAUCAAAGCCAAUGUCCGAAGGAAGCGCUAUGCCAUCCAGGGCCUCAAAUGGCAGCAUAAUGAGAUCACUUUCUGCAUCCAGAAUUACACGCCCAAGGUGGGCGAGUAUGCCACAUUCGAGGCCAUUCGCAAGGCAUUCCGUGUGUGGGAGAGUGCCACACCACUGCGCUUCCGUGAGGUACCCUAUGCCUACAUCCGUGAGGGCCACGAGAAGCAGGCCGACAUCAUGAUCUUCUUUGCCGAGGGCUUCCAUGGUGACAGCACGCCCUUCGAUGGUGAGGGUGGCUUCCUGGCCCACGCCUACUUUCCAGGCCCCAACAUUGGAGGGGAUACCCACUUUGACUCUGCUGAGCCCUGGACUGUCCGGAAUGAGGAUCUGAAUGGGAAUGACAUCUUCCUGGUGGCUGUGCACGAGCUGGGCCAUGCCCUGGGCCUUGAACACUCCAGUGACCCCUCGGCCAUCAUGGCACCCUUUUACCAGUGGAUGGAUACAGAAAACUUUGUGCUCCCUGAUGAUGACCGCCGGGGCAUCCAACAACUUUAUGGAAGUGAGUCAGGAUCCCCCACCAAGGUGCCCCCUCAACCUAGGACCACCUCCCGGCCCUCUGUCCCUGAUAAGCCCAAAAACCCCACUUAUGGGCCCAAUAUCUGCGAUGGGAACUUUGACACUGUGGCUGUGCUCCGAGGAGAGAUGUUUGUCUUCAAGGAGCGCUGGUUCUGGCGGGUGAGGAAUAACCAAGUGAUGGAUGGAUAUCCCAUGCCCAUCGGCCAAUUCUGGCGGGGCCUGCCUGCAUCCAUCAACACUGCCUAUGAGAGGAAGGAUGGCAAAUUUGUCUUCUUUAAAGGAGACAAGCAUUGGGUGUUUGAUGAGGCAUCCCUGGAACCUGGCUACCCCAAGCACAUCAAGGAACUGGGCCGAGGACUGCCCACUGACAAGAUUGAUGCUGCUCUCUUCUGGAUGCCCAAUGGAAAGACCUACUUCUUCCGGGGAAACAAGUAUUACCGAUUCAACGAGGAGCUUAGAGCAGUGGACAGCGAAUACCCCAAAAACAUCAAAGUCUGGGAAGGAAUCCCUGAGUCUCCCAAAGGGUCAUUCAUGGGCAGCGAUGAAGUCUUCACUUACUUCUACAAGGGGAACAAAUACUGGAAAUUCAACAACCAGAAGCUGAAGGUAGAACCGGGCUACCCCAAGUCAGCCCUGAGGGACUGGAUGGGCUGCCCAUCAGGGGGCCAGCCAGAUGAGGGGACUGAGGAGGAGACAGAGGUGAUCAUCAUCGAGGUGGACGAGGAGGGCAGUGGGGCAGUGAGUGCUGCCGCCGUGGUGCUUCCUGUGCUGCUGCUGCUCCUGGUGCUGGCAGUGGGCCUUGCAGUCUUCUUCUUCAGACGCCAUGGGACACCCAAGCGACUGCUCUACUGCCAGCGUUCCCUGCUGGACAAGGUCUGACCCCCACUGCUGGCCCACCCACUCCUACCACGAGGACUUUGCCUCUGAAGGCCAGUGGCAGCAGGUGGUGGUAGGUGGGCUGUUCCUGUGUCCCAAGACCCUUCCUCCCAGUCUCCUUUCUUCUCUCUGUCCCCUGGCUGGCCCCUCCCACCCUCACCCCUGGCAUUGCAAUGUCUUCCCUAGAUGGGUCCUCUGAGGGUUGAGCUGGAAGUUGUCCCUUCCAGCCUCUGCCCCUCAGGGGAACCCCAUAGCUUGGUGUGUGUCCAGCCCCAUCUGAAUGUCUUGGGGGCUCUGCACUUGAAGGCAGGACCCUCAGACCUGGCUGGUAAAGGUCAAAUGGGGUCAUCUGCUCCUUUUCCAUCCUAUGACAUACCUUAAACCUCUGAACUCUGACCUCAAGAGGCUCUGGGCACACCAGUCCUAAAAGCCCCAGGUGUACCCAAUUGGCAGCCUCCCACCUCUCAUUCUGGCUAAAAGGAAUCUAAUCUUCUUGGUGGGUGGAGAACCUGAGAGAGCGUGAGGGUGUGGGGACCCUCAGCCACCCUGAGACCAUGGGAGGAAAACUCAGAGAAGGUCUGCUAUCAAGUUCCUCAAAGAUCUGCCCCUGCCCCAACUACCCGAGAACUUCCAAGGAAGAAGCCUGAGCCAUUAAGGACUAAAACGGGGCUGAACAAACGUUUUGCAGCCCUACCCCUCUCGAAUGUUAGCCUUGGAUGGGGGUUUCACAGUUGGAAGAGCUGAAACCAGGGGUGCCGCUACCAGGGUGGGGUCAGAGCUCUGGGGGUGAGCCUGAAGGCCAUGAGAAGGAACCUUGCUCACCUGCAGGUAGCUGGGGCUGGGGCCCAAGGCCAGAGCAGCCAGAGAACAGCAUGGGACCAAAGGGGGAAAAGAAGAAGUGUGGUAGCAGUGGACAGCUAGGGGCCAGGCAGGCCAGGCCAAGCCAAGCAGGUGUGCCACAGGGUGUGUUUGGCACUCUCAGGAAGGGCCCUGAGGAAGGCACACUUGCUCUUCUUGGUCCCAGUCCUCGCUGACCAGGCAGCAUGGAGGGAAGGGUGGGCAGCCCAGAGAAAGGAGCAGAGGGCACACAUACAGGGACUGUGGCCUUGGGGCCUUAAGGAGAGAGGCCUCCAGAGACCUCGUGGUGCUCAGUCUCAGCCUGCCUGGCCAUCUCAGUGAGGGGCAGGAGCCUGGUAAGGCCCUCACUACCCUGAUGUCACACCCCUCAGACUGCCCUCCCUCUCCCCACCCAGCCCACCCCGUUGAAGUCUCCUUCGGCCACCACCUAAGGUGUUGGUCAUGGUACUGGGGACUUGGGAGAGUGAGACCCUGUGGAGGCAGUGAGAGGAGUGGGAUGCCAGGGGAGUGGGGUGUGGGGUGGGGGAAAUGGGGUGAACGGUGCUGGCAGUUCGGCUAAAUUUCUGUAUUGUUUGUUUUUUUAUUUUGUUUAAUGUAUAUUUUUAUUAUAAUUAUUAUAUAUGAAUUCCAUCGAAAUCAGUUCCUUUUUGUUAACAAGGGGCGGGGGUGGGGGUGGGGGUGGGGGGCAGAGGCAUCUGACCCCAGGAACCUGCAGGGCAGGGCUGGGUUGGUGCCCUCUAAGGACAUUUUUGACCUUGUUCAACUUUUCCACAAAGAAUAAACUGUGUUUCACAU